AUGCCCGGCAUACGUCUAUUUGGUCGUCGUUUUAAUUUCUCAUCUGAUGAUUUAACAAUUCCAUGUGUCAUUGACAUUGCACUUCGUCUUCCACUACUCGCCACGUUCAUUGUCUUUCGUCUCAAAGAUGAAUCACCUGAUUCCACAUGUCCAUCGUCAUUCUACAUUGGAUAUUUUUAUCCACUUUUAAGUGUUUAUGCAGCAAUAACCAUUCUGGCUUCGGUUAUGUUGCUGACGAGUCUUCGAGGAACACCGGUGAAAAAUACUCGACCACGUCGUCAUAUACCAUUGAUGAUUUACAUUCGUUUACUUCUGGUAUUAAUUGAUAUUAGUAUAAAUAUUUUGGGACUGGUCAUUAUCGUACGAGUAUUUCAAAUAUGUGCGUUGAUUUUACGUGCUACGAUUCUUACGUCGAUCGCAUUGAGUUGGACAGUCGCGUUUGCUCUGUUUAUCAUCUUAGCAUUCUUUAUUGAUCUAAGUGGUGUAGUCAGUCCGGAGAAAAAAUGGGAGAUGCGGAUCAAAUUAAUUUUUUGUUGUGGAAGAGGUUACGGAGGACAAUCGUCGGAUAUAAAGAAUAUUGUUAAGACAUUGAGAUAUUUGAUUGACGAUGAAAGAUUCGAUCUGGUUCCGAGUGAUGUUGCAGCUGGUUUGAUACUUCUACAACAAGAAGAUGUUCUGGAAGAACGAUCAAUUGAUAUUGAACGAUCAGUACCUUUAGAACUACUUCAACAAGGUCUUUAUUAUAAUUCUUAUGCACAAUCUGCUUUUGGAUGGUUUUCUCUGGCCUAUCAAUAUCGAUUAACAUUUCUCCCACGAAUUCUCUUUGCCAUGCGAUUCAAAACAAUCGGAUUUUGUUGUUCAUGGUGUGGAUGUUGUACACUUUGUUGUCAAAAUCAAGAUAGUCUAAAUGACCCAUGUGGAAGUCAGUUUAGUACAUUGACAUAUCUUUUACGGAAACAAAAACCUGUUAUUCUAUAUGCAAAUUUCCUUGGUGCACUUCAUCGAGCUCCGUUUUACAUCGCAGCUGAUAAUGAGAAAAAGACAAUCAUUGUUUCUAUUCGUGGAACACUGAGUGCGACAGAUAUUUUAACUGAUAUUAAUGCAGUAGAAGAUACUUUGAACACUGAAUUAUUCGGCAGUGGACAUUGUCACAGCGGUAUGCAUACAGCAGCUAAUUACAUUCGUGACGAUAUCUCAACACGUUUAAUCGAUAUAUUUCUCAAAUAUCCUGAUUACAAAUUAGUUAUUUGUGGUUAUUCCCUUGGUGCUGGUAUCGCUGCUAUACUUUCAAUUUUAUUCAAGUCAACUUAUCCUCAUUUAAUUUGUUAUGGUAUCGCUAUGCCCGGCUCAGUUUUAUCGGAAAACUUAGCAUCUGCAACUCGGGAUUUUAUCUAUUCGUACGUUGUAGAUGUCGAUAUGAUUGGACGUGCGUCAAUACGUUCGUUAGAACAUUUACGUGAUCGGAUUAUUGAUGCGUUGGAUAAAUGUAAUCGAAAUAAAAUGAGCGUGUUGACCAUGACACUUGUUCAGACAUUGAGCAAACGAAGACAAGCAUUUCAUUCCAUGAGUGGUCGUACACAAACACUAAGUGAUGAUUCGUUAUUAUCUCCUACAACGACAACAGUGACGAUAAAUCCUGACCCCGCUGUUUCACAACUUGUUCUUUCUCGUCGUUCUGGUGACCGACAACAUUUAGUUAUGCCAGGAACGAUUAUUCAUUUGUAUUCAACGAAUCGUGUCGGAUUAUUUUCACGUAAAAUCUCCUAUCGUGCGUGUCUAAGUUCAUAUGAUCAAUUUUCUCAAUUGAUUGUUCAUCCGAGAAUGUGGUUGGAUCACUUUCCAGCAUCGUAUAGUACAGCACUGACUGAUGUGAUUGAUAAUUACGAUCAAAAUCUUCAAGAAAUCAACUAG